AUUUCACAAGACCGUGUUGGAAAAUGGCAAAAAAUAUCAAGAUUCUGUCAUUUUUCCCAAUUUUACGGAGAUGCAUGUUCUUAUCACGUCCAAGUGUCAUUCGUAAUCAUGAAUGGCAAGCCAGGUGUUUAAGCUCAAAAUCACAGAAUCCAGCUUCUCUACUUGAUGAUGAUGAGAGACCACAGUUCCCUGGUUCAAGGUCAAAGUUUACGAACACUCUUUCAUUCAUUCAACCUGAGAUGUAUGAUGGUAUACCAGUAUACAGGGUAAUGAACAGGGAAGGAAAAUGCCUGAAUGAAGAUGAAAAUCCUAAUCUUGACAAAGACACGGUCAUGAAAAUGUAUGAAAAUAUGACACUGCUCAACACAAUGGACCGUAUAUUGUAUGAAUCUCAACGUCAGGGAAGAAUAUCUUUCUAUAUGACAAACUAUGGGGAAGAGGGGACCCAUAUCGGGUCUGCUGCGGGGCUGCAUCCGCAUGAUCUCGUAUUUGGGCAGUAUAGAGAAGCAGGAGUUUUGCUGUACAGAGGUUUUUCUCUCGAUGAAUUUAUGAACCAAGUUUAUAGUAAUAGCUUAGACUCUGCAAAGGGCAAACAAAUGCCUAUACAUUAUGGGUCGGUGGAGCACAGAUUUUAUACCAUAUCCUCUCCACUUGCAACGCAGAUGCCACAUGCAUCUGGGGCAGCAUAUGCAUUCAAGAGAGCUCAGAACGGGCAAUGUGUAAUCUGUUAUUUCGGGGAUGGAGCUGCAUCAGAGGGAGACGCACAUGCUGCAUUUAACUUUGCAGCAACCCUAGAGUGUCCAAUUAUAUUCUUCUGUAGAAACAAUGGCUAUGCAAUAUCUACUCCCACACAUGAACAAUACAGAGGUGACGGAAUAGCUGCUAGGGGUCCAGGCUAUGGUAUGGCUACAGUACGGGUAGAUGGAAAUGAUGUGUUUGCUGUAUAUAACUGUGUCAAGGCUGCCAGGGAGAUGUGUUUAAGAGAAAACAAACCAGUUCUAAUUGAGGCAAUGACAUACAGGAUUGGACACCACAGUACUUCAGAUGACAGUUCGGCAUACAGGUCUGUGGAUGAGGUCAGUUACUGGGACAAGCAGGACCACCCAAUAUCUCGGCUUAGAGGGUACAUGAAGAUCAAAGGAUGGUGGAAUGAGAAAAAAGAAAAGGAGUGGAUGAAGCAGUCAAGAAAAAUGGUUAUGGAGUCCUUUGGUAGAGCAGAGAAGGUCCUGAAACCCUCACCAUCUGAACUACUCACCGAUGUAUACGAUGAAAUGCCUGAACAUUUAAAACGCCAAAAUGAACAAUUAAAACGCCACUUGGAUCAAUAUGGAGAGCAUUAUAAUUUGGAUAUAUUUAAACCCAUCAAAUAGAUGCAGUGUUGAAAAAAAUACUACUGUUGAUCAAAAAUAAAUUAAUUUAUGUUGAAGUUUUUAUCACACUUGAAAAGUGCUACUACAAUAUUGUUGUCCUCUUGUGAUGAUGGACACUGGACAGUCAGACAAGUGCGUUGCAUAAUAAACUGUGUCAACUUGAUGGCAAGAAAACUGUUCAUCCGACUGACUUAAAAUCCUAGAGAUGCAAGAGCAGACUGUAGAGAAAAUCUAUAGUUCAUUAUGAUGCAAUACAUUCAGAAAUAUGCAAAGCAAGUCACAAACCUAUUUUAGCUACAAAAUAGGUUAUUUUAGUAAAUGAAUGAUUUCACAUUCUUCACCUACCAUUUGCAGUGCUUUCUUAGUUUAUAGAUUAAUUCAAGAACUAAAUACAAUUGCCAAAAUGUUUUAUAAGGAUCUUAAGUAUUCAAUGAUGAAAUGGCUAUUAUACGUAUAUACUGUAUUUAUUUUAUUUAUCAUAAAUGGCUUUCAGUCACAUACUGUUCUUAAAUAUUAAUAUUGAAAGUAUAGGUCCCAAUGGGGGAAGGAAUAAGAAAGAGUUUUCUUACUCACUUAACUAAAAGGGUAAAACAUACAUUCUCCACAAAAUGUUAAGAUAUUGCAGAAGAACAUAUAAAAUGUUUCACAAAUAAACUCUAUUGUUUUUCACUUACAGAACCCUAUUCCUAUUGACCCUCUGAAGGUUUUGUUUGUUUUUGUUUAGAAAUACUAGGCAGCUAAAGUGUAGACAGUGUACAUAGAUUGUAUUUGUAAGAACACAAUAUGUAUAUUAGUCAAAAUGAUGAGAUAACAUUGAAAUCAAUGCUUGUUAAGACAUUGUACAUUGUAUUGUUAAUGUACAUGUAUUGUUAAUGUACAUGUAUUGUUAAUGUACAUGUAUUCUCAUUGUGUGCAGUACUUGAGAAUAAAUUAAAUUAAGCAAGCUAAACCACAAUGUUUUGUCCCGCUGCAAAAAUACAAUACAUGUAUGUGCAUUUGGUAAUUCGCAAUGCCUUGUAGCGAGAACAAUCAAAGCUAAGAAGAGACCAGAUGAAAAAGAACUCAAAGCUCAUGACUCUACAUGAUGUCACCUUCUGUCAGUAUGUACCCAUCUUUUGCAGCUUUACUUUUCCAUCUAUCAUGAACUUAAAAUUAGCUGCCUCAGGCUGCAUCCAGAGACAUAUAUGCCUCUGCUGAAUUGCUUGUGCCAACAGCUCUUAAUAAUAGUACUCCCUCCAAUUGCUCUUGUUGUAAACAUACACAUUACAUUACAUACGUGUCAUAUAGCCCAGAGUCUUGUUACUUUCUCUGCAGAUGUUAACCUUUAUUUAUUCAAUAAGAUAAGCCUCCAAAGAUAAAAGUUU